ACCAUUUUUGUAUUACUUCUGUGUUUCGUAGAGAGAUCUCGGUUCACCAUGUCUGGAAGAGGCAAAGGUGGUAAAGGACUCGGAAAAGGAGGCGCUAAGCGUCAUCGUAAGGUUCUGCGUGAUAACAUCCAGGGUAUCACCAAACCCGCCAUCCGUCGUCUCGCUCGGCGUGGUGGUGUCAAGCGUAUCUCUGGUCUGAUCUACGAGGAGACCCGCGGUGUGUUGAAGGUGUUUCUGGAGAAUGUUAUCCGUGACGCCGUCACCUACACCGAGCACGCCAAGAGAAAGACCGUCACCGCUAUGGAUGUCGUGUACGCGCUGAAGAGACAGGGACGCACACUGUACGGUUUCGGAGGUUAAACGAUUAAAAGAAAAACAAAACCCAACGGCUCUUCUAAGAGCCACCCACAUUAUCACACAAAGAGCUGAACCUUCAAAACAUGAUUGUUUUGUUUCAUGUGUAUUUCAGAUAAACAGAAUAAUGGAUGGAAAUACACGCAUUGUUUGUUCAAUUUAGAAAUAAACAUUAUUCAUUGAAGUCAUACUUUCUAUUCAGGAACAUCUC